AUGGGGGCAGCGGCAGCGGAAGCGGAUCGUACGCUCUUUGUGGGCAACCUUGAAACUAAAGUGACAGAAGAGCUCCUUUUCGAGCUUUUCCACCAGGCUGGGCCAGUAAUAAAAGUAAAAAUUCCAAAAGAUAAGGAUGGUAAACCAAAGCAGUUUGCAUUUGUUAAUUUCAAACAUGAAGUAUCUGUUCCUUACGCAAUGAAUCUACUUAAUGGAAUCAAACUUUUUGGAAGGCCCAUCAAAAUUCAGUUUAGAUCAGGAAGUAGCCAUGCCUCACAGGAUGUCAAUAUGUCAUAUUCCCAGCAUCACGCUGGAAAUUCAAGCCCUACUCCUACUCCCCCAUCUCCUAGCAGCCGGUAUGAAAGGACUAUGGAUAACAUGGCUUCAUCAGCCCAGACAAUUCAGAGAUCUUUCUCUUCUCCAGAAAAUUUUCAGAGACAAGCAGUGAUGAACAAUGUUUGGAGACACCUGUCAUAUGGUGGGAAAUUUGGUUCUGCACAGUUGGAUCAACCAGGAUUUUCCCCAUCAGUUCAGUCACAUAAUCAUUCAUUUAACCAGUCUUCAAGCUCCCAGUGGCGGCAGGAUACAUCAUCGUCACAGCGUAAAGCCAGACAUAAUUCUCAUCCUUAUGUAGCAGAUAGACAUUACAGCCGUGAACAAUGUUAUACUGAUCACGGAUCUGACCAUCAUUACAGAGGAAGCAGAGAAGAUUUCUUUUAUGAAGAUAGGAAUCACGAUGGCUGGAGCCAUGACUAUGAUAACAGAAGAGACAAUGGUAGAGAUGGAAAAUGGCGCUCAUCUCGACACUAA